AUGAAAUCAAUUUUGACUAUCACUGUUCUUUUAACUUUUUUUACAAUAAUAUUCACUCAAAACACACCUAACAUUAAAGAUGGACGUUACAAUAGCAAGACAAAAACGAUCGAAAUAAAUGUUCAGUAUAGUGGUGGUUGUGAUGAGCAUAAAUUUCAACUUAAGAUUGGUACAUGUCUUGAAAGCUAUCCCGUUCAAUGUGAUGCCAAGUUAAUUGAUCUUACAACAAAUGAUUAUUGUAAAGCGCUUAUUCAACGUAAGGUUAUAAUUGAUCUUCAUGAAGCUGGUUUGGACAAUAGUUAUUACACGGGU